GAGGGCAACAACCCAUUCAGAAGAUGUCGCCACAUAAAUAAAAGUAAAAAGCCUUCUCUCCUCUCUUUCAGUUUCGACAUUCCCCAGAGUCUCUCCACUUUUUGUCUCCAACCAAACAAACCUUUCUUCAUCGUGAAACAGAGCAUAACAGAGAACACAACAGAGACGUUCGACUCUCUGUCUUAAUCUCCCACUAAAUCCUUUGUCUGAAUUCCAAAGUAACUAAAUCCUUUGUCUGAAUUCCAAAAUCGAUGGAAACCGCUAGAGCAAUUCCGGUUCAGGAAACCGGGUCAGGAUAUCAACCCCCUGUUAAUCCAGAUGGAUUUGUGACGAUCGAUGUCGAAAGUUUCACUCCUGUUUUUAACAAAGACUUCUCUUCGUCGAGUCCCAGAAUUACUCUGCAGAGAAGUGUUUCGAGGAAAGGGUCUCCAAGAAGCAAUAACAACGAGAGGAAACUCCAUUGUGACGCAAAUGGUAAUGACAGUGAGACCUCAUUUCCUCAGUCCCCACUUAGAGGAACAAGCACGCCGGAAAAGAUGAGCAUCGUGGGGUCCACAGAUAAUGCAGGUACGCCCACAGCCACAGCCACCGCUGUUUCAGCCUCACCGCUUCAUCAGAUCACCAUUACUACGGCUGCGGCCACCGCCGGGAAUAUGAUAUCCGAUCAAAAUAGAGAAAGAAGAUUUGGUUUUGCGAGGAAGUCGAGUUUUAAACGCUCUCACACAUCUUGGUUGUUUGAUCCCAAGAAAGUCGUCCUCUUCUUUGCAACUUUGUCAAGCAUGGGAUCAAUCUUGUUAAUCAUAUUUACUCUCUCGAUCAGCAAGUCUAAUCUUGGAGAUAUGCCUCUCGAAUAAUAGUAAAAAUACAAGAAGAUAUAAGAGAUGGACCGACCUCAGUUUGUGGCGUUAGAGCGUACCACAAUCUCACCGACCUACAUUUGAGGAGAUGAAUCAGAGGAACAUUACAAAAAAAACAAAGAGCGUAAGGUUGUGAUAAUAAUUAUUUUGUAUAGUUUUUAUUUUUUAAAAUGGAAAAAGGAAACAUCAAGAGAAAGUGAGAAGUGGGCACGCACGAGAUCAUAUGAAUAUUGGAAAAGAAAGCUUAAGACAAGAGUUUAUGACUGUUGUGACAAAGACAGAGAAUCUUCUCUUCUGUUCCUUUUAAUUAAUUUCUUUGUUUUUUCUCAGUUUAUUUUGCCUAGUUAUUGUGUUUUUCAUUUUGUUGUAUUUCUUUAUGUGCAUGUAUAUUAUUGACAUGAGUAUCUUUAGUUUUGCUUCGGGUUCACAUAGAGAUAAUUUGAGUCGUGUAAAAAUUGAAUGAAAUUGAGUUAUUCGCUCGUGUGCUA